UUUUUCAUCAACACCACCACUUACUUGGUAAAUCCAACAAAAUGGACAGUUAGGCAAGGUAUGAUACCGCAUGUCACGACACUGCAACGAAAUUACAAUCCCUAGGCCACAGAGGUGGUUCCUUAAAAGCAUGGCCCGACUCGGGGUGUGGAUGGGGACGGAUGCCAAAGCCGAGGAAGUCGGUAUCUUUUGAAUUUUUUUUGCUUCAAAUUAAUACAACUCUAAUUUGGUGUAAAAAAAAAUCAAAAUUUUACCCGGAAGUAUUUAAUUUUUUCAUUUGGACAAACAAUAUGGGAUUAGCCAUGUGCAUAUAAGCGCACAUAUAAGAUCUUGGGCACCCUCCCCUUGUAAGCCGGUUUUCAAGGGUGAGUUCUACCUAAGGGUUUGUAUCAUUGGUAUCAGAGCCAAUCACCACAUUGAGUAUGGGCUCGGAUGCGCAUGUGCAAGUAUGAGAUUGUAUGGGUGCGACUUUGCAGUUCGACUCCCGGAGGGGGCGACCUAUUGAUUGGACGAGAGUUCCAUGCCAAUAGAGUGAUGCGCCACCGUGGACGUCGGCUGCGGAGCCUGGUGGUAUGUUACGAUCCUAAUGUCCCACAUCAGCUAAGUAUGAGAUUAGCCAUGUGCAUAUAAGCUCAUGGGCAUCCUCCCAUUGUAAUCCGGUUUUUAAGGGUAUGAUGAGCUUUGGAUGCCGUUGAUUUCUGAUCUGACGGUGGGGUCUCCUCCCCCAAUGGUUCUUCCUCCAAUUGAUAUUGAAUUGGUCUGGUUUUGUCAUUCCUUGAAUCCGGCCAGUUAUGCGCGAUACUGUGAGUUGAGAUUCUCAAAGCUCAUAGGAAAACCGGCUAUCUUCAACAAGGGGAACGAAGAGUAUGCGCUGAUCAGAUGCAGGGACGUUUGGAUCCAUAAGUACCCAUCUGAGCCAUUUGAGAAUGAAUUGGCUUCUGAUGGCUCAAUCCCCUUGGUUGCGAAUGAGGAUCUUUUGAGCCUAGUAUUAAAGCAGAGAAAUUUGUAUGCCAAGUUAUCAGCACCUUAUAUGUCAGAGACUGUGUAUUUAAUAGCAGCCAGACAACGAUACAAAAUGUUUCUCUGUAUGAUGCGAAGGUUUUCCAAUUUGUGUGCUCAUUUGGUGCCUGCCUCAGACAUUCUUCUCAUGUGGGUGAGCCAUCAGAGCUAUCCCACAGUAUACGCAGCUGAUGCGAAGGAGAUGGAGGGGGAUAUGGGGAAGGUGGUGGCGGUCUGGGAAGAAGUCAAGGAAGAAGAGGUGGAAGAGACCAAGAAGCUAUGGGAGGGAACUUUUGAUGAACCAUAUGAGAAAGCUGGUGGUGCUGCCUGUGGAUGGGCUGACAAGGUCAAGCCCCCGAUUCACUGGGAGGUCACGGAUGAUGAUGUUAACACAAGAUACAAGUCCAUGCUACCCCGAUACUUGUUGGAGGUCUGUGUAUUUGUGAAGCUUGACUCAAAGAUGAAGGGAAUGCAAGGGAAAACACUGCGUGACCUUUUGUGCCUCCGCAUGGUGAGGUGUCACAAGGAGCUUAAGAUUGAUAAACAAAUAUCCAGUUUCCCCUUGGGCUCUUGGCAGAAAGCUUGGCAUCUUUACUGUGAAUUUGGAACAAGGGGAGUUGUGCUGGAGCUUCGUGAUCGUGGCAGUCACUGUUUCGAAGGAAGUACAGUGAAAGACACAGUUACGUUUCUUUGGAACGACUUACUACGAGCAACCUCUCUUACUUGCAAAAGGGAAAUUGAUCGAAAGAUUAGAGUUGUCUCUUCCAUGACUCCCCCAAUCCAAGCACCAUACUUGCUGAAAUGUGUGCCUGAUCGUGUCACGGACGAUUCAGGAGCCAUGAUAUGUGAUUUAAUUCUGAGGAUGAACCAAUACCAUCCUCAAGAAGGUCGGUGGUUGUCUCGCACUGUUUUGGAUCACGCAGGGAGAGAGUGUUUUAUUGUUCGAAUGAGAAUGGGCAGAGGGUUUUGGAGGAGGGGUGCUGAAACUCCUUCUGCUGUGAAAUGGGAAGAAAGGAUUAUAGAGAUACGUGAAGGUUCUUGGUCUUAUGUUGCUGACUCCAUCGGCCGAGCUCCUGUGAAAGUGGUAGGAACAGCAACACCAAAAGAGCCCUCAGAACAGUGGAAUGCUUCAUGGGAGUUUUCGACUGGUGAUGAACUGAUGAUACAGUGGGAAUCGACAUCUAGAGAAAUCCUGAGUUUUGACCUGAAAAGCAAAGGAUCUCCAGACGCAAAGGUGAAGUUGUUAAUAGGACGGAAAAUGCAAUAUGGAAGAAGGAACAUCGAUUUACAGAAUAAAACAAAGGAAGAAAAGACAAACACUCAAGAUGAAAAUCGGCCAGAAGCAGAAGCAGAAGAAGGGUUUGUGACGCUAGUUCGGUUUUCAGAAGAUGACCCAAACGGAAAAGCAACAGCACUACUUAAUUGGAAGCUACUGGUGGUAGAAUUCUCCCCUGAAGAAGACGCAGUUUUGGUCCUCCUAUUAUGCAUUUCAAUACUGAGAAGCGUGUCGGAGAUGAGAAAGGAAGACGCGGGGAACUUGUUGAUUAGGAGGAGAUUGAAGGAAACGAAGCUCAGAACUAGAGACUGGGGAUCUGUCAUGCUUGAUCCUUCUUCUUCAUGCUCUCCAUCCGUUACUAUCAGUCAUCUUCAACCUUGGUAUUGGAAUGCAAAAGCAGUGUUGGCAUCUGAUGAUUCUGCGAAACAACCCGCGGCUUCAAGUUAUUCACCUGCUGAGGGCGGCGAUAAGUUGUUCAAGAAAGUUAUUAUUGCUCGAGAGUGAUCGGAUUUGCAGCCGUCGCUUGAUACAGGUUAAGGAAAUUUUUUGUACAUGCAUAGUUCAUUACUUGUAUGAUGGGGAAAAGGAGUAUGCCCAUUUGAUAUAUUUGUAUACAAGGGUCAAGUAGCUGGACUCAUAUACUAAUAUGCGGUUUGUAAUAACGGAGAAGUCUUAAACCA